AUGCCUCAUCGAGCAACCCCUGCUUUCCUCCCACCUCUUCCCUUUCCGUCCCUGCGCUCCACCCAAACUUGCCCCCUCAUUUCCAGCAGGCGCCCCCUCACCGGCACCUCGACAUGCGCCGUUCUCACUCCCGAUUCCUUUAGCACUCAAUGGUACCGCGACACGAUCACCCCCCUCGACCUGGAGCUCUCCUCCCACUAUAUCCCCAACUCCAACGCCGCCCAAUCAACCGAGCCGACUGACCGCAACUUUGUUGACGAGAACCUGGGUAUAAUGGCUAUGGUCGACUACGCUCAGCCUUCCACCCAAGGUGCCGCUCUCAUUCGCGACCUACGCCAGACUCUCUCACACAACGCGGCCCUGUACGACCGCGAGGCGCGCAUGGACAUUCGCAGGUCACUUUCGUCAGCUAUUUUGAGGCAUGGCGCACCGCCAGGGAGUUCCGUGCUUGUUAUGGAUUGCUCGUCUAACGUCGUUAGGUUAGCGUGGGCUGGAUCUUGUGGAAUUGUGCUUAUCAGGGACAAUGCCAUUGUGUAUAGGUCAUAUAGCAAGGCGGCCACGAGAGAUGCUCUCGAAACCCAUUUAGGGAGAACGACAGAUGUGAAAACGGAGAAGAACGCAAAAUAUUGGCUUUCGUGGGGUGGAAGUGCGACUCAAAGCGCGACGGGGGGUUAUUAUGCUGCCGGCCUUGUCACUGGGGCCCGGCAAGACGGGCAAUUCACUAUUAAUAGUGAUGAAGUCUACGCUGACUAUAUAGAGCUGGAGGAUAAUGACCUUAUAAUUGCUGGAAGUGAUGGAUUCUUUUCCAACGUGAGCGAAGGCCAAAUUCUGGCGUUUGUUCGCCCGUUGCCCGACGGGGCGGAGGAUAAAACGCUAUCAAUAGCCAACAGUACUUGUCUCGGUUCUUGGAGGAGCGAUGAUACUGAUUUCAUCUCAUAUUAUUUGGCCAUUAUUGCUGAUAACUUUGCGACGGCACCUAACUCAAAACCGCAUCUUCCGUUUCCGUUUCCGCCGUCGCCACAUGUCGAUGAUAUUACGGUGAUGUGUGCAGCAUGCAGUUUUCGCACGACAACGGACAUGUGA